AUGAAAUUUUCUAGGAAAAUAGAAUUUGUGUCUUUAUCAAUAGCACUUCUAUUUACGUUCCUCGUGGAAGUUUCAGGGUCAUGGCCAGGAACUGAUCAACCUCCGCCAAUACGAGAUGACUUCAAUGCACUUGUGGACUUCACCAAAAUACCACCUGCACCAGUUAGAUCCAAUGAGACUUUAUGUCCAGAGACAGAUACCUAUUGCAAUUUUGCGUGUACGGGAUGCGUAAAUGGUGAUAUUACUGUUUGUCCGAAUCCACGAGAUUGGGGUCUUACUUUUGAUGAUGGCCCAACAACUUUUACGAUCGAUCUCCUAAAUUAUUUGAAGCCACGUGGACUUAAAAUUACUUUUUUUGUGGUUGGUUCUCGAGUUGCCGAAAGUCCUGAAAUUUUAAAAAUGGCCUAUGACCUAGGUCAUGAAAUUGGAGUUCAUACAUGGUCACAUCCAUACCUAACCACCCAGAGUAACGAACAAAUAAUAGCCGAAUUACAAUGGACCGCUGAGAUUAUAAAGGCCACCAUUGGUGUUAUUCCUGCGUACAUGCGUCCUCCGUUCGGAGAUGUUGAUGAUCGAGUCCGUAAUAUCGCAUCUCAACUUGGAUAUAAAGUUGUCAUAUGGGAUAGGGACACCAAAGAUUGGACAUUCACGAAGGAUCUUAGUUUUGAUUUUAAUUGGAUCAAAGGUAAUUUUACCGAGUGGGUACAAGAAAAGCCUACCACUGGUCAUAUAUCACUUCAACACGACUUAUAUAAUCAGACUGCUUCGCAAGGACCAAAAGUUGUGCCCAUUGUCUUGGGUGCGAACUAUACCAUCAAAUCUGUAGCUUCAUGCAUUGGGGAUAAUGACCCUUAUCAAAGAAAAAAAGUUUUAAACAAUCCACCUAAAAACAAUUUUACUAGUGUUUCGCAAGAUCAACCCACUUUAACUACUGUGAUACAAGAGUCGACUAUGAUGACUACCAAUUUGCCCGUGUCAACUCAGACAUUCUACGUUACAAAUGUUGCCAACAAUCAACGAAAUUUUCUCAAUUAUUUAGUCAUGACUGUCAAUAUUUACGUCUUUGUACAUUCAGUGAUCAUCAAUUCCAUGUAA